AUGAUUUAUGCUACAGAAAAACCACAAGAAGUCAUCAUUUCUCAGUGUGUUCGAGAGAGAAAUUGUGAAGAUAGAAUCAGUGCACUACCUGACGAUCUGUUAGUAAAAAUCUUGUUGUUUGUUCCGACAAAAGAUAUUGUGACUACCAUGAUUUUGUCGAAACGAUGGCGGACUAUCUGGACAGAGGUGCCAAGACUCGAGUACGAAGACAUUGUGAGCAAUACUAAUAGUGAACAGAAGAGCGUUUGGUGGUUUCUUGAGAAGUCGUUGCAACUUCAUAAGGCACCUAUACUAGAAAGCUUGUGUAUCCAACUUAAAGAAAUAUGCCCUACUAACGUUGAUGUAGCAAAAUUGGUUGGACAAGCAGUUGAUCGUUCAUUGCGCAGGUUACUAUUUCAUCUUAGUUGGUUGGCGAAACCUACCAGCAUGCCCAACAUCCUUUACACUUGUGAAACGCUCACUGAACUGGAACUCUUUAAUAAGAUUAUCUUGGAUAUCCCUCCUUCAGUUUGCCUCCCAUCCCUUGCAAAGCUAUACCUCUUUUGUGUGUUGUAUAAAGAUGAUGUUUCUCUGGUCAGGCUUCUAUCAAAUUGUCCUGUUCUCAGAAUAUUGAUCGUGAUACGAUCCGAAGAAGAUGGCAAUGUGAAAAAGUAUACUGUGAAAGUGCCUUCUUUAGAGGAAUUCACCUACCUCUAUAAAAGGCCAUUAUCACUAGCGGAAAAUACUAGGUCCUUGGUCUUAGAUUGUCCGGUAUUAACGAAACUCUCUAUUAACGAUCAUUCAGGAGACUCUUGCUCUAUCGGGAAUAUGCCAAGCAUUGUUAGAGCAGAACUGUCUACUUUUUGCUACCCUGACAAAAAAUUCUGAGACAUAUUUCCUCGGCCACGUCUCUAUCUUUGACUUUGACCGAGGAAUUGGUAGUAAUUUCGAGAUCCAACUUUUUUUUGUUUGUUUAUUGUGGUAAAAUUAAUUAAUAUGUGUACUUAUGGUGUUGGGUGCACUGCAGGUUAUGUGUAGACCUGACAACUUCUCUCAGCUUGUAGACCUUACAAUAACACCAUGUGACUCAGGCUGGUUGGAACAACUUAUGCUUAUGUUAAAAAGUAACAAUGAACUUAAAAGUCUUACGAUCAAAUCUGUAAGUACAUCCUUCUACCAUUAAACAAGUGCAUGCUUUUUAAUUAAUGGACUAACACUAAAACAUAACGUGUACGUUGUGAUGUUUCAGUCUUAUAUAAUUACCCCUGUUUUGUGGAACAAACCUGGUCAUGUUCCAAAAUGCUUGGCAUCCCAUCUUGAGUUCUUUAAGUGGCGAUCAUAUAACGACAUAAAAGAAGAACGAGAAUUUGUGGCAUACAUUUUAGCAAACUCGAAAUGUUUAAAGAAAGCGGAAUUCGUGAUGCCGAAUUCCAAAAACAUAUAUGACGAAAAUAACAUAUGCGAAGAAUUGAAAUCUAUGUUUAAGAUUUCACCUUCAUGUCAGAUUACUUUUACUUUUAUUCACAUAUAAAGAAGAGGGAAAUAUAUAUUCGGAUGAAGUUGAUAGUUUUAAAAGUUUGAGAUUUAUGGUAUGUGUAAAGGAAUAAAUGAGAAUUUAACAACCUAAAAUAACUGAUAACGUAGAGGAUGAUUC